CGGACCUCUUUCAACAUCCACAUUCCUCUUUCAAGAAAGAACGAGCGCACGCUUGCUCGAUUCCUACCACGUUUCAUAUCGCUAUUGCCCAAGACACCUCAAACGAAAUCGUAGCGGGGGUAAUCUUGGCUCUUUGGAUUAUCUCUCAAUUGUGAUUUUCAUCGCGAGAGAAAAGCUUCGCCGAAAUUCAGAUCAGUGAGAGCACAAUGGCUAGCAUACGAGCACUUCGUUUCCACGGGAGAAAUGAUAUCAGGGUCGAGAAUGUGACGGCGCAGAAGUGUGGCAAUGAUGAGAUAAGAGUGAAGAUCGCCUAUUGUGGGAUCUGCGGUUCAGAUGUCCACGAGUACCUUGGAGGACCAAUAUUUUCGCCUCAGCCAGGCCAAAAGAACCCGUACACUGGCGCCGAACUGCCUAUCAUCAUGGGCCACGAGAUGUCAGGUACAAUUCUCGAGAUUGGCUCCAGCAUUACAGGAUUCAAGGUGGGCCAGAAUAUUGCCAUCAAUCCAUCGCUAGAUGACAGACAUCACGGAAGGGAACCUUGCGGGAUCUGCAAGUCAGGACGGUUAAAUCUCUGCAAAAGCUGGGCCACCUACGGGUUGAAUGCUCAUGGAGGAGGAUUUGCCGACGAGAUUGUAGUGAAGCCAUUUAGUUGUAUACCGCUUCCCGAAGGAGUAUCGCUAAAGGCUGCUGCCCUGGCUGAGCCCUUGGCCGUUGCUUCCCACAUGAUUCGAAUUUCUGGAUUCAAGACAGGUCAAGAUGUGGUUAUUCUGGGCGGAGGACCAAUUGGGCUUGCUCUUUUGCUCUUGCUAAAGUCGAAGGGCGUGAGGAAAGUGAUCGUUAGUGAGCUUGCCGAAACGAGGUCGCGUCAAGCAACGAAGUUCGGGGCUGACUUGGUGGUCAACCCACUCGCAAAAUCUGCUGACGGAACAUCGGAUCCAGUACUAGAUGCGGUGCGGAGGGUCGUAGGAGAAGAGGGAGCAGAUAUUGCCUUCGAUGCUAUGGGUAUACAGUCAACUCUGGACACUGCGUUGAAGGUCGUCAAGCCUGGGGGGGUUGUGUUCAAUGUUGCAAUCCACGAAAAGCCACUACUUAUUAACCCUAAUAGCUUCUCAUUCACGGAAGUUAAGCUCAUGGGCGGUAUUUGUUACACCCACGAGGACUUCGUGGAUGUUCUUGAUGUUCUUGCAAGUGGAAAGAUCCGGGCCGAGGACAUGAUUACCUCUAUUGUCCCUCUCGAGAAGGCUGUUCAAGGUGGCUUCUUGGAACUAAUAAACAAUAAGGCGGAGCAUGUGAAAAUUCUCAUACAACCCUCAAAGUAUGUAGCUCGACUCUAAG